GGAGCGACGCGGCGGCCGCAGCCAUGGGCGCUGGGCCUGCGGGGGCGCCGAGGGGGCUCGAGGAACGGCCGCGGCGCGCGCGAGAGUCGGCAGCCGGGACGGGCCCUCGACGCUGAGCCGCGCUGGGGGUCGCGCUGGCGCUCCGAGGGCCUGUGAGCACGAACGCCGCGCACCGCAGGAACCGGGCGGUCGCUGGCCACUUCGGGGGCCCUGCCUCGGGUCCAGAGAGCCGGGUGGUCACUUCUGGAGGGUGCGGUGACCCCGCCCGGCACGUUUCCGGGAUCCAGGCGCGUCCGCUCCGGCCGCCGCCCGUUCCUGGAGGCCACCCGGGGUCCAGCGCCGCCUCGGUCGAGCCCCGGGGCGCCCCUGGAUGGCUGAGCUGCCCCCUCGCCGGCCGCCCGGGCGCCGCAGCGGCUGAGGUCGCUGGGCCCGCCCGGCCGCCGCCGCCCCCGCCGCCCGCUGCAUGCCCGGCGCGCGGGUCGCAGCCCACCUGGACUCUCUGGGGCCCCUGGUGUCGUACGUGCAGCCGCCGCUGCUGCCCUCUAUGUUCUACGUGGGCCUCUUCUUCGUCAAUGUGCUGAUCCUCUACUACGCCUUCCUCAUGGAGUACAUCGUCCUCAACGUGGGCCUCGUCUUCCUGCCCGAGGACUUGGACCAAGCGCUCGUGGACCUCGGCGUGCUCUCCGACCCCGGCUCCGGCCUCUACGACACCGACUCGGAGCUCGACGUCUUCGAUGGAUACUUGGAGUAGGGUGGACUACUCUUCCCCUCUCCCCUCCAUGGCCCGCAACCCUCGGCCGCGACCAGCCGCCCGGAUCAUGCCCUCGCUCCGGGUGGGGUGCGCUGUCUGGACCCGGAUGGGACCCCAGGAGGAGCCCCUCCGAGGCCUGUCUGAUCCCCUCGAAGGCUUCGUGCCAGCAAAGAGCUGCGUGACCCGCCCCAAGCGAGCUGAAGGAGACCGAGGAGGGCCAAGCCCGGGGGGACCUGAGCUGCAGCAGAGGACCUGGCCUUGGGAUGGAUGUUUACGGGACGCAGCCAGAGUCUGCCGCUCCACGCCCGGCGGCACCUGCUUCCCCGCUGCACCCGGAGAGGGCACCUCCGCUCCUUGGAUGCCAGUGGAGCCUUCAGCCGUCUGGGUGUAGCCCGAGGCUGGUCUUGGAUGCAGCGACUGUUUAGGGAGUGGCCCAGGAGCAGGAGCCCAGGAACCGGGGGACAGGUUUGACUGCUCCUUUCAAGUGGCUUGUUUUCGUUGAGUUGGCAGAACUGAGGCCUUGUGCUGGAGCAGGGCCACGAUGCUCCUCUAGCCAGAAAUAUAUUUUUGAAAAUGCGGGUGGUGUGAAUACUUGGUUUCGAUAUACCUGUAAAAGCAAUACUUAGGAGGCGCUCUUAUUUCCAUUAAAAAUGUAUGCAAUUCA